CCACCAAACAACACACACAAAAAUUACUAGCAAGGGAGCCAUGGAUCUGGCAACAGGCGCCAUGGGCACCCUGCUCCCCAAGCUGCUGGAGCUCCUCAGCGAGGAGUACAAGCUGCAGAAAGGCGUCAGGGAAGGAGUCAAGUCUCUCGAGAAAGAGAUGAGGAGCAUGUACGCUGCCCUCCGCAAAGUGGCGGAGGUACCACGGGAGCAGCUUGACGAGCAGGUCAAGCUCUGGGCAGGGGAGGUGAGGGAGCUGUCCUUCGACAUGGAGGACGUCGUUGACAAGUUCCUGGUGCAUGUGGACGAGGGUUCUGAGCCUGCAGCAAACUCUAAUAAGCUCAAGCGGCUCACGAAGAAGAUGGCCAGCUUGUUCACCAAGGGGAAGGUUCGCCAUGAGAUCGCUGAUGCGAUCAAGGACAUCAAUAAGCAAGUCCAAGCGGUUGCUGAAAGGCGUGCAAGGUACAAUGUCGAUAUUACCGUUGCUAACCUCCCUACUGUGACUUCCAUCGAUCCUCGCCUUGGGGCUAUGUACACGGAAGCAACAGGGCUUGUUGGAAUUGCCGGAACAAGGGACCAAGAGGUAAUGAAGUUGCUCUCGGAGGGGGAUGACAUGUCCAAGAAGAAUUUGAAGAUUGUCUCUGUUGUCGGAUUCGGAGGAUUGGGCAAGACCACUCUUGUCAAAAUGGUCUAUGAGAAGAUCGGAGGUGAUUACGACUGCAAGGCUUUUGUUCCAGUCGGUCGAAAGGCUGAGGCAAAGACGGUUUUCACAAAUAUCCUUCUUAAUCUUGGCAUAAAUGGAAGUGAGCUCAUCAUGUUGAAUGAGCAACUGCUCAUCGACAAACUCCGGGAAUUUCUCAAGAACAAGAGGUACCUCAUUGUAAUUGAUGAUAUAUGGGAUGAAAAACUGUGGACAAUUAUCAAGUGUGCAUUCUCUAGUAGUAACAAAUUUGGCAGUCGGUUAAUCACGACAACUCGUAUAGUCAGUGUAUCUGAAUCAUGCAGCUCGUCUACUAAUGAUUCAAUUUACACAAUGGAACCUCUUAGUGAUGAUGAUUCCAAAAGGCUGUUUUAUAAACGGAUAUUUUCUCUAGAGAGUGGAUGUCCUCCUGACUUUGAAGAAGUAUCUAGAGAUAUAUUGAAGAAAUGUGGUGGUGUUCCAUUAGCCAUCAUUACCAUAUCUAGUCUUUUGGCUAGUGGUCAGCGGGUAAAACCAAAGAAAGAGUGGCAUGUUUUGUUAGACUCUAUUGGUCGUGGACUUACUGAAAACCAUACUGCCAAGGAGAUGAUAAGGAUACUAUCAUUUAGCUAUUAUGACCUGCCUUCCCCUAUGAAGACAUGCUUAUUAUAUCUAAGCAUGUUUCCGGAAGAUAGCGAGAUCAUGAAAGAUCAGUUGAUAUGGAUGUGGAUUGCUGAAACCUUUGUCCAAAGUGGAAAAGCAAAUACUAGUCUCUUUGAGGUUGGAGAAACUUACUUCAAUGAGCUUGUGAACAGAAGCUUGAUACAGCCAGUAUAUGAUGAUUAUGGCUUUGUACAUGCUUGUCAUGUACACGAUAGUAUACUUGAUCUAAUUUGCUCCUUGUCAAGUGAAGAGAACUUUGUUACUAUAGUGAAUGGUACUAGUGAUAACAUGUCUUCUCAGGGUAAUGUCCGCAGGUUAUCCCUCCAAAAUGGUAUAAAAGAAGAAGAUCGAACCAUGCCUCACAUAGCUGAGAGUAUAGGACAAGUGAGGUCUGUUGUUACAUUUGAACCUGCUAUUGAUCUAAUGCCACCAUUCUCGAGCUUUGUUGUUUUGCGUGUGUUAGAUUUGGAUGAAUAUGAUGGUACUAAGGAGGACCAUCUCAACCUUCAAGAGCUGGGGCGUUUACUUCACUUGAGGUACCUACGUCUACCUCGACACGGAAUUACUGAGUUGCCGGAAGAGAUUGGAAAGUUGAAGUUUUUACAGGUGUUGAUUUUGCCUGGCUAUACAAGGCUGCCGUCGACUGUGAUCAAGCUCACAAGGUUGAUGUGCCUACGUAGUAAUGGUGGGAGGCCUGAGCUUCCAGAUGGUAUUGGAAAGCUGAGAUCAAUGGAGGUGUUGAAUAAGAUCAAAGUUGGCUCUGUAAGCAUUGUGCAAGAGUUGGGCAGCAUGCACAGACUGAGGGAGCUCAAUAUUCAGUUUGAGAGCUCGGAGCCAGUGGAAGCUUUUGUGGAGUCAGUAGAGAAAAUGCAAAAGAUCCAGCGUGUAGAAAUCAGUGCCAAGUGUGAGCGUGAAGUUUCAAUGGAUCUCUUGGGGGAACUUUGGGUGCCCCCUGCAAGUCUCUGGGAGUUUGUCAUGCGCAAAGGCGUUAGAUUAUCUAUGCUGCCGGCAUGGGAUCCAUAUCAUCUGUCACAACUCUCCAAAUUAGUAAUAAGUGUAGGGGAUGUGCGACAGGAGGACCUGGAACUCCUUGGAAGGUUACCUGCUCUUCGGAUUCUCGUGUUAGUGAGCAACAACCAAAGGCCGCUAGUCGUUGGCGCCGAGGGGUUCCGUUGUUUGGAACAGGUCGGCUUGUUUUCCAAAUCACCGAGCCAAAUACUGUUCCAGCCAGGAGCUUUGCCCAAGGCCGAAAGAGUUCUUCUCCAUAUCGGUUUGCGGGCGGCGAAAGAGGAAGCAGCUGGCAGCGGUGGCGAUUGGUUUGACAUGGCCAUAGGGAACCUGCCGUCCCUCCGGAAGGUCCAUGUCUGGUUCUACCGUUCGGGAGUGACGGUCGGGGAGGCCAAGCAAGCCAAGGCUGCGCUGGAGAACGCCCUUCUUGCCCAUCCUAACCGCCCCUCCAUUGACAUCGACUUCGACGAAUACAUACCAGAAGAUGCUCGUGAUGAGGAUGUCUACACCGAGGACGAAGACUCAGAUUGAAGAAGCUGCAGGCUGCCAUCGUUUAUUGGGACGCACAUCUGCAAAACAUAUGCGUAUGCGUAUCGACGGCUGCAGCAUCAACCAACGAUCGUCACUCCGUGAGCUUAUUUCUUGGCUCAAAGAGGGAAAAAAAAUAGAGGAGAAAAGGAUAUGAAAAAAUUACAAAAAAAAAAAAGAGUAUUUGCUCGCUACUAGUAGUUGAGUUUCUUUCUAGGCUUAAGCAAAAAAAAGUGGGGAGGGGAGUGUAUAAAAAAACAAAAAAAUGCCUUUCAUACUUUAAUGUGUGUGUUUACUGUUUGUUUCUCAUUCAAGAUCAACUUAUUUUCUCCAACAAAAAAAAUUAGUAAAUAUAUUUACUACUAUGCUCUUUAGUUUGCUUAAUUAUUUAUAAAAAUAUCUUGUGUCCAUUUUAGCAAAAAAAAAGAUCAAAAAAAGAUUGUGUUUACUUUCUAGCGUCUAGAGGCAUGUUGGCCCAAGAGAAAAAAAAUCCAAAAAUAUGUAUAGGUGCUAGGUUUUAUACCAUUUGCUAGUCUUUUUUCGUUUUGUUUUCUGUUGGUGGGUGGAUUUUGAGGGGUGAGGGAGGUGGGGGAGCUCCGCCUAUGCUAUUAAUUUUAAGCUUACGCUUAAUGUUAUUCAUAGCCGGUCCCAAGCCCGGAAAAAGGAGGAGGAUCCAACCUUAUAUAGCUUGAAAUUUAUAUGCAAAAUUUCAUGAUUUUCGUAAUAUUUUCAGCUUCCUAUCUAUUCUGCCUGUUGUUCAUUUCUCCGCAUGGCCACCGAUCCACCGGACGGGGACGACCUGCCGCACAGCUGCAGCGAUGCUCUGUUCGAAUAUGCCGAACAGGUGAAGAAUUUGGGGAGCACUUUGUCCGAGCUGUUCUCUGAACCUCUUGGGCUCAAACCGAGCUACCUGGCAGAGUAGUGCAACCAACCACUAUUAUCAUUUCCUGCCCCCAGCCUGAACUUCCCAUUGGGACAAGCCGGCAAUAAGACUCUGAUUUCCUGACCAUACUUCUCCAAGGCGAAAUUGGCGGCCUCCAGAUCCUCCGUGAAGACCGGUGGGUCGACGUCACACCAACACCAUAAGCCUUCGUCGUUAACAUCGGUGAUCUCUUACUGAUGUGCAGCUGAUCUCCAUGAUUGGUUCAAAGUGUGGAGCACAGGGUGGUGGCUAAGAACAUUGCUCCAAGAGUCUUGAUCAUUUGCUUCUUCAGCACACAUUUCCACCCUGCCUCGACGAGGAUGCAUGGUCCGAUCAAGGAGCUGUUGUCUGAUGGGAACCCACUGUUGUACAGGGAGACCCUUGUGAGAGAUUACGUCAAGCAUUACUACUCCAUCGGGUUAAAUGCAAAAACUGCAUUCUCUGAUUUCCUGUUGUGAAUUGUGAUGUUUAGUUUGUGUCCUAAUGUUAAUAUACCAUUCAUUUUGGCUUGAGCUGUUGAGCAACACAUAGGGAUUGGCAAACUGUUCAAUCUUCAGUUAUUUUUUCUAGUAGCAUUGUUGCACUAUCUGACAGAGCUGUUGCUCCAUAUAAAUAAAGAGCUUGCCUUGGAUCA